CACCUUGACAACCACGUGACCUCGACCUUCACUCUGUCAAAAUGGCGGCUUCAUUCUUCCAAGAUGUGGAAAUGGCACCACCUAUCGAGGUUUUCCAACUUACCAGACGAUACAACGAAGACACUUUCCCUCAGAAGGUGAAUCUCGGAGUUGGAGCCUACCGGACGGAUGAUGGUAAACCAUUGGUGUUGCCGGUCGUGAAAACGGCUGAGGUUGCGAUAGCUUCAGAUACCCAGAACCAUGAGUACUUGCCUAUAGUCGGUCUCCCUGCUUUCCGUGAAGCUGCUAAAAAGCUGAUUCUUGGAGAAGACAGUCGUGCUCUGGCAGAAAAUAGGACUGAAGGUAUACAGUGUCUUGGAGGAACUGGAUGUAUACGCUUGUGUGCAGAAUUCCUCAAGAAGAUUCUCAAGUAUGACACUGUCUAUGUGUCCAAACCUACGUGGGGUAACCACAGGACUAUCUUCAAGCAUGCCAACUUCUCCAACAUCAAGGAAUACCGCUACUGGAAUCCCAAGAAUAGAGGGCUGGACCUCGAGGGUAUGCUGGAGGAUCUCAAUGGUGCCCCGGAAAAGUCAGUUGUGAUCCUGCACGCUGUGGCUCAUAACCCGACUGGAGUCGACCCUACACCAGAACAGUGGAAGGAAAUCGCUGAUGUCUGUGAGGCCAAGAAGCUCUUUGUGCUCAUGGACAAUGCCUACCAGGGUUUUGCCUCCGGCGACCUUGACCGGGAUGCAUAUGCUGUACGCUAUUUUGUCGAGCGGGGCUUCGAGUUAUUCAUUGCUCAGUCUUUCUCCAAGAACUUUGGGCUGUACAAUGAGCGUACAGGUAACUUGUGCAUUGUGACCAAGACACCAGAGGUCCUCAGCCAGGUGAGAUCGCAGUGCGAGAUCCUUGUCAGAACCAUGUGGUCCAACCCCCCCAACCAUGGUGGUCGAGUAGUUGCCACCGUCCUCAACAACAAGUCGUCUUAUGCUGAGUGGAAGGCUCAGGUAAAAACAAUGGCUGACCGCAUCCAACAAAUGAGGCAGCUGAUGUAUGAAAAGCUUCGGGCUAAAGGUACUCCUGGAACAUGGGAUCACAUCAUCAAGCAGAUCGGAAUGUUCUGCUACACUGGGCUAAAUGUUGAUCAGGUCGCUCACCUCCAAAAACAGUAUCACAUCUACAUGCUGAAAGAGGGUCGCAUCAACAUGUGUGCCAUCACAUCCAAGAACGUUGACUACGUCGUAGAUGCCAUAAAUGACGCUGUUGUCAACAUCGGAAACACACAAGUCAGUUAGUGGGCUAGUCUUAUACAAAAUAGAACUAGUAGCUGCCAUUUUUUUUUUCCAGCUGCCCAGGUUGAACAUCUUGUCAACAAGUUUCACAUUUAUCUAACUUUGGAGGGGCGAAUCAACAUGUGUGGCCUGACCACAAGCAAUAUGGACUAUGUUACGUCCGCGAUUGCCGAAACAGUGGCUGCAAUCCCUUCCAAGUUGUAGACUCGUAUCUUCCCCUGUGAUGUUCUAACAGUAAUAUAUUCCUGUUACAGUCAAUCUUCAGUGAUAUAAAUGUGAUAUUUGACAAUGUGAAUUAACAAUUCUUCAUGUCUUAACGUGCUAUACAGACACUUUUCUCAGUUCUAUGACAAAUGUGUGGAUAGAUGUUUUUUAGCAGUUUACUGAUCUGUUGUUAUUCAGAUAUAUAUUUGUAAAUAUCAUAAGUACAUGAUGAAGAGAGUUAUUUCAUAGUUGGCUUAGAAAGAAAA